UCUCCUAGGCUACGAAAGCGAUUGCAAUAAUUCGGCUCAGGACAAAUUUUUGAUCGCAAAGAACAAAUCCCUAAAGUUCCUAAUAAAUUUCCCAAAACCCACAGCUCCUUCCAAAUGUUCAGCCUGGCUGUUUCAAUACAGCAAGCUAUCAUCCUGAAAAUUCUUCCGAGUAGGACAACGGCAAGCACGCAUGAACUGGCCCAGCCCAAGCUUGGAGUUUAGCAGGGGCCGAAGAGAUCUUAGACUGAAGAAGUAGCGAAUACUAUUUGUAACUAUCUGUAGAGGUUCCACCUCUCCAUUGAAAAAUAGUCCUCAUGAACUAAUUCCAUUCUUCACAUUCAUUUCAAAUAGGUUUAUUGAGGCCAAUCCAUCUGAAUUCUUGAGCUUAGUAGAAGCUCUCGGAGUCAUUUGAUAUGACACGAGGAAAAAUUAUGUACGAGAAUAAAUGCUAGCACUUGGCUCAUUAAUUUUAAUUAAAAUUUGAAUAUAUUUAAAAUUUAGUCGCCAUCUUCAAGAUUAUUUUUAAAGCGAAGCGAGAAGAUUUUCAUAUUUUUGCUACCAGAGGUGGUAUCCUCAAUGUAUUGAAGGGAUGGCUAUUAUGUAUUCAAUACCUACCACACAAAAAGCAACUCAAGUUCCAUAAACCCCUGUCUUCCUCAGUACCCAAUCCCUUAACCCCUCUAAACAUCUAACUCAAC